AAAAAGGAAAAGGCAUGGUGAGAGAGGAGCAAGAGCCAGUAGCAAUGGAGCCGUUUAGCCCAAUUUCACAGCUGUUCGUUUCGCCGGGUCUUUACUGCGUCAUUGUUUUAACUUUAGGGUUUAAAACUAGAAGCAACCCAUCCACCAUUGUUGAAGGUAUCAAGAACACGUGGGUCAAGCUCCCUCGUUUCUCCAGCAAAGUGGAGAUGAAAAAAAAUGAAAAAGCGGUUUGGAUUCCUGUUAGUGUUCGAGUAGAAGAUCAUGUUAUUGUGCCCGACCUAGAUCAUGCCAACAUUGAAAAUCCUGAUGAAUUCAUAGAAGACUAUACGUCAAACAUAGCUAAUACUCCACUGGACAUGUCUAGACCUUUGUGGGAAUUUCAUGUACUCAAUAUAAAAACAUCAAAUGCAGAAUCUUUGUGUAUAGGGAAACUACAUCACUCACUCGGCGAUGGGAUGUCUCUUAUGUCUCUGUUACUUGCUAGUUCACGGAAAAUAUCAGACCCCGAGGCUAUUCCUACUACCACUGUUGCAAAAAAACAUGUUGAGUCCAAUGAUAAGGGUUGGUGGUUGGUUAGGAGAUUUUGGUUGAUGAUAAGAAUCAUUUUCACAACUAUUAUUGAAUUGUGCAAGUCUUUGCUUACACUAUGUUUUAUGCGGGAUACAAAAACUCCUCUCAUGGCUAAACCGGGAGAUACGAAUACAAUUCGACCUAGAAAGGUUAUCCAUCGGAUAAUUAGCUUUGAUGAUGUCAAGUUGGUGAAGAACGCAAUGGAAAUGAAAGUAAAUGAUGUUCUUCUUGGAAUGACACAGGCAGGCCUCUCAAGAUAUUUGAGCAAAAAAUCUGAUGAAAAUAUGAUGGUGGAGAAGGAAAACAUCCGUCUCCGUGGUACAGUAACUGUAAAUUUAAGACCAGACACAAAGAUCGAGGAUCUUACAAAUAUGAUGGAAAAGGGUUCAAAGUGUAGAUGGGGAAACUUCUUAGGUAUUGUUAUAUUUCCUCUGAGGGUAAGAUCUGAGGAUGAUCCGUUGGAAUACGUCCGAAAAGCCAAAACUACUAUGGAUAUGAAGAAACUCUCCAUGGAGCCACUUAUAAUCUAUGGAAUCAUCAAAUGUAUCAUGAAAAUAUUCGGCGAAAAGGUAACAGAAACUAUUGUUAAGAGAAUAUUUGGUCACACAACAUUGUCAUUUUCAAAUGUGAUGGGUCCGAAGGAAGAAAUAAGUUUUUUUGACCAUCCGAUGUCUUACGUCACAGCAACCGCAUUAGCUGGACCACAAGCCUUGAUUAUCCACUUUGUAAGCUACGUAAACAAGAUUAUCAUCAAUCUAGCUGUCGACACAACAGUGAUUCCAGACCCUCAUUUACUAUGUGAUGAUUUGGUAGAAUCGCUCGAUAUCAUCAAAAGUGCAGUAUUGGAGAAAGGGCUUCACAAAAUGGAGGUUUGAGACAUGUAUCGCCUCAUAUCAAUGUUGUAUGUUACAAAAAGUUUGGUGAAAUAUAGUAAUGUAUUAUUUUAGCUUGGUUUGAUUCAAAUAAAGGGUUCUCUCGGUGGAAGACACUAUAAAAACAAUCUAUGAUAUAUAUUU